AUGGAGCUACACGUGACCGGCAACGUUUGCGGCCCCCGAGUUUGGCGGUAUAUAUCCGGGACGACUCCCGGACUUGCGCCGGAGAAGGAAGAUAUGGAUAUGGGACAGAGCGACGUGCACCUGCACAACGACCCGGCCCUCCCGAAGAACCCGACGUUCAAGGGACCCACCAAGGAAGAACGACACGUUUUUAUGGACGCGUACAACUUGUAUAUCAGCCAGAUGAAUGCCCUGACUGUCAUCGGGAUCCGACCGUUCAUCAUGCCGGUGAGGGCGUUUAUCGAUCCUGCGACGAAGCAACUAUUGCCGAAUGGGACAUGGGAAAGGAUACCGGUGACGUAUUUGCGGGCGCAAGGUUACGAGGUGAAUCCACGGGCCCUGGUCACUCUGAAGAAGCGGAUUAAAUCUGCUGUUAUUUUUGAUAUGUCCAUCCCGGACGCGGAUUCCCCGAUCGGACGUAUGCUGGAUGGUUUGGUUGCGGCUAUCCGUCGGGACCGACAGGACUAA